UACUUAAUACUGUGAAGCUUCUGUUGCCCCUUCGCACAGCUUCACAGCUUGCACUGUGCACAGUCGUCACAAGGAAGUCAAAGUUUCCUAUUUGACGAGCUUGCGCAGUAUGGUAAUCGUUUACUCUGAGACAACUAUAGUUUAGUUGCACGCCUGCAGUGAACUGCUGGAAGCUUGAAGCUCUGGGAAAUGGCCGCGAAUCGGGCGGGGCCUCUGCCCCCACACGACCGGGCUCGGCAGGAGGCCCUUACCCACAUGGACCUCUGGAAGAUAAUGCGCAGCUACGUUGGUUCCAUGAUCGAGGGAGCGCCCGGCUACAAGGGCCUUGUGCUGGACAAGGAAACUAUGCGUAUUUGCGCGAAUCUUUACGGGCGAACGGAGCUGGCGGAGCACAAUGUCGUGCACGUGGAGAACCUGGAGAAGCCAGACGGCAGGGCCCACAACGAGUUGAAGGCAGUCUGCUUCCUGCGGCCAACCAAAGAGAACAUCGCGCUGCUGAAGAAGGAGCUGCGGGCGCCCCGCUACCAGAGCUACAACCUGCACUUCACAAACCUGCUGAGCUCCGUCAGCACUGUGUUUCUGCAAGACCUGGCUGAGGCGGAUGCGGCCAAGGAGAGCGUUCUGGAAGUGCAGGAGAACUACGCGGACUUCAUGGUGCCCGAUCCCUUCCACUUCGUGGUGCCGGUGCCGCGCAACGACCUGCUGUUCGCGGUUCGGCAACCGGGCGCCGCACCCUCCGCAGCCGAAUACGAGCUAAUAGACCGCUGCGUGCAGGGUCUGUCGGCCGUGUUCCUGGCGCUGCGCCGGCGACCCGUAAUCCGCUACCAGCGGGGGAGCGAGCUGGUUGCGAAGUUGGCGGAGAGCCUGCACAGACUCACGUACAAGCAGGAGGCGGCGGUGUUUGACUUUGGCGCCUCACGGUCGGCGCCGCCUGUGGUGCUACUGCUGGACCGGCGGGACGACCCCGUCACGCCGUUGCUCACACAGUGGUCUUACCAAGCGAUGGUGCACGAGCUGAUCGGAAUCCACGAUAACACCGUCAAGCUGACCAGCGGCAAGGUGGCGGAGCAGUUCCGCGAUGUGGUGUUCGAUCCGCGUCAGGAUGACUUCUUGCGGCGACACCAGUACCGCACCUAUGGCGAGGUCGGCGCUUCGGUCAAGUCAAUGGUAGAGCAGUUCCAGUCGGCCAGCACCAAGCACUCGCGGGUGGAGAGCCUGGAGGACAUGCGACGAUUCGUGCUGGAGCACUCGGACUUCCAGAAGCUGCAGGGCAACGUGUCCAAGCACGUCAACCUUAUGACGCAGCUGAGCGAGACCGUGUCGGGGCGCAACCUGAUGGACGUGUCCAGCGCGGAGCAGGAGCUAGCGAACCCGGCGGCAAGCCUCACGUCGGCGGCUUCGUUUGAAGAGCUGCAACAGAUCCUGCGUGGCACCAAAACCCAGGACGCGGACAGGGUACGGCUGGCGAUGUUGUACGCACUGCGGUUUGAGUCGGACACGCCCCGGGUGCGGCAGAUGCUGGACUACCUGGCCACUGCGGGCGUGCGGGAGCGGGAGCCCCGGCUGUAUGCGGCUGUGGAGGCGGUGCUGCGGUACGGCGGCGCGUCACGGCGCGCUGGUGACCUGUACGGCAGCCGCAACCUGCUGUCCAAGGCUCGGAACGUGUUCAAGGGACUGCAGGGCGUGGACAACGUGUACACGCAGCACACGCCGCUGCUGACGGAGACGGUGGCGGCCCUUGCGUCGGACCGGCUGGACCCGCUGGCCUACCCCUACAUGGCGUCCACAGGGGACGAGGUGGCCACGCUCACGGCCAACGCCAAGCGGGCGCCGCCGCGCGAGGUCAUCGUGUUCGUGCUGGGCGGCACCACGUACGAGGAGGCCAAGGCGGUGGCGGAGAUGAACGACCGCGCAAACGCCGCCGCGAAUGCGGGUCCGGGAGUACCCGCGGGCGCGAGCCCCAGUGGCGGCCAGCUGCCCACGCCUCGGGUCGUGUUAGGCGGAACCGGCAUCCUCAACUCGCAGAUGUUCCUGUCGGCGCUCACGUCAGGACUCAACAUUCCGCAAUCAGCACAAGGAGCGGGUGUCACGAGCAGCGGCUCAGGAGGGUCCUUUGAGCGUUCAAGUCUCAUGUGAGGUGUCACUGAUUGCGCCCCGCGUGGAGUGGCGCAGCAGUGCGUGGGGGCUUGUUGAGUUAUUGCAAGCAUUAAUUCGCGCGCUAAAACCGCGCGCACACGGUUCUGCACGCUACCAAUACAGUGAAUGAUGCUGGGAGACGGGGGGAAUUAAGGUGCGCAACGCGAAUUGUGACGGCGGGGCCACGGUUGUGCUGGCGGUGGUGGAGUCGAGGCCUGUUGAACACGGGCGCCCCGCAGGAUGAAUAGUGAUGCAGAUAGUAGACGCUGUUGCUGGGUAAUGGAGCAAUGUUGCCGGAGCACAUGCAGUUUGCUGUAAGUCCGUGACUGAU